AUGGUUUGUAUGCAAAUGAGGGUGUUUUUUCAAAAACCCAUACAAAUUAGUUUUUCGGAAAUUCAUUCGCGGCACCGGAACCUUUUCUGGCGUGCGGACCCCCACUUCGAUGUCGGAGACCAACUUUAUUUAGUGCCGAAGUGGAGUGGGGAAUGGUGGAAUUCCGUUACUUUGUUAAUGCAGGAAUGCAAUUUAAAGGUCAGCGAGUGGGUUUUUCGGAAAUUCAUUCGCGGCACCGGAACCUUUUCUGGCGUGCGGACCCCCACUUCGAUGUCGGAGAUUUUUCGGAAAUUCAUUCGCGGCACCGGAACCUUUUCUGGCGUGCGGACCCCCACUUCGAUGUCGGAGAUGCAUUUCUACCUAUUAUUCAGCGCUUUUAGCACUGGUUAUUUACCACGCCGCACCUAG